AGGGAUCCAGUCUCCACCAGCUGUGGACAAUGGUUCUGCAGACGGUGCAUCACCUCAUACUGGGACCAGUCUGAUCCAUCAGGAGAUCCUGGCUGUCCCCAGUGUGGAGAAAGAUCCAGAACAAGACCUGGACUGCAGACAACCAGUCAAACCAGCACAGUGGACAGCGGUCUGCAGGAGGUUUUAGACAAGCAUAAGAUCAGUCUGAGGAGGAGAUGUGAAUUUGUGACAGAAGGAACUGCUGCAGCAGGAACUGGAACCCUCCUCAACAGGAUCUACACUGAGCUCUACAUCACAGAGGAAUGGAGGGAAGGGGUUUAUACCCAACAUGAGCUGUGGUGGCUGGCGACAACAUCCAAGAUGGUGACCCUCCAUGACACUCCAAUCAGGUGCCACGACAUCUUUAAACCCUUACCUGGCCAAGACACACACAUCAGAGUAGUUGUGACGCAGGGCGUUGCUGGCAUUGGAAAAACCUUCUCAGUGCAGAAGUUCACUCUGGACUGGGCAGAGGGCUUGGAAAACCAACAUGUCAGUCUUGUGGUUCUGCUUUCGUUCCGGGAGCUGAACUUGAUUAAAGAUGAGCGCUACAGUCUUCUCCAGCUGCUCCGUGUUUUCCAUCCAACAUUACAGACGGUCACAGCAGAGCAGCUCGCCGUCUGUAAAGUCGUGUUCAUCUUUGACGGUCUGGAUGAAAGCAAGUUUUUAUUGGAUUUCCAGAACAAUGAGGUCGUGUCUGAUGUCACACAGACAUCAUCAGUAGACGUGCUGUUGACAAACCUCAUCAAGUGGAAUCUGCUUCCCUCGGCUCUCCUCUGGAUAACUUCCAGACCUGCAGCGGCCAAUCAAAUCCCUCCUACAUGUGUCGACAGGGUAACAGAAGUCCAAGGGUUCACUGACCCCCAGAAGGAGGAGUACUUCAGGAGGAGAUCCAGUGAUGAGGAGCUGUCCAGCAGAAUCAUCUCACACAUCAAGGCGUCCAGGAGCCUCCACAUCAUGUGCCACAUCCCAGUCUUCUGCUGGAUCACUGCUACAGUUCUGGAGCACAUGUUGACUACAGACCAGAGAGGAGAGCUGCCCAAGAGCCUGACUGAGUUGUACUCACACUUCCUGCUGGUUCAGACACAGAGGAAGAAGCACAAGUAUGAUGAGAGACAUGACAGGAGUCAGCAGGAGCUUUUGGAGACUGACAGGGAAGUUCUUCUAAAGCUGGGCAGGCUGGCGUUUCAACAUCUGGAGAAAGGCAGCCUGAUGUUCUACCAAGAAGACCUGGAGGAGUGUGGUCUUGAUGUCAGAGAGGCCUCGGUGUACUCAGGAGUGUGCACAGAGAUCUUCAAAACAGAGUGUGUGCUCUUCCAGAGAAAAGUCUACUGCUUUGUUCAUCUGAGCAUUCAGGAGUUUCUCGCUGCAGUCUACAUCUUCCACUGCUACACCAACAGCAACACAGAGGUUCUGGCCAGAGUCAUGAGGAGGGAAUGUGAUGACAGAAAGCCAUCGUUGGAUAUCUUCCUGAAGACAGUCAUGUCUGAAGCCCUGAAGAGCAAAAACGGUCACCUGGACCUCUUUGUCCGUUUCCUUCAUGGCCUCUCACUGGAGUCCAACCAGAGGCUCUUAGGAGGCCUGCUGGGUCAGACAGAGAGCAGACCAGAAGAGAUCAAGAGAGUCAUCUACAACCUGAAGGAGAUGAACACUGAAUAUAUCUCUCCUGACAGAAGCAUCAACAUCUUCCACUGUUUGAUUGAGAUGAACGACCUCUCAGUGCAUCAGGACAUCCAAGAGUUCCUGAAGUCAGAGAACAGAUCAGAGAAGGAACUCUCUGAGAUCCACUGCUCAGCUCUGGCCUUCAUGCUGCAGAUGUCAGAGGAGGUUCUGGAUGUGUUGGACCUGAAGGUGUACAACACAUCAGAGGAGGGACGAUGGAGACUGAUCCCAGCUGUGAGGAACUGCAGGAAGGCUCGAUUGAGUGGCUGCAGGUUGUCAGAGAGCAGCUGUGCUUCUCUGGCCUCGGCUCUGAAGUCCAACCCCCAUCUGACAGAGCUGGACCUGAGUAAGAACCAGCUGCAGGAUUCAGGAGUGAAGCUGUUGUCUGCUGGACUGGAGAGUCCAAACUGCAGAUUGAAGACUCUCAGAUUGAGUGGCUGCAGGUUGUCAAAGAGCAGCUGUGCUUCUCUGGCCUCGGCUCUGAAGUCCAACCCCCAUCUGACAGAGCUGGACCUGAGUGAGAACUGGCUGCUGCAGGAUUCAGGAGUGGAGCUGCUGUUUGCUGUACUGGAGAGUCCAAACUGCAGACUGAAGACUCUCAGAUUGAGUGGCUGCAUGUUGUCAGAGAGUAGCUGUGCUUCUCUGGCCUCGGCUCUGAAGUCCAACCCCCAUCUGACAGAGCUGGACCUGAGUGAGAACUGGCUGCUGCAGGAUUCAGGAGUGAAGCUGCUGUCUGCUGGACUGGAGAGUCCAAACUGCAGACUGAAGACUCUCAGAUUGAGGAGCUGCAGGUUGUCAGAGAGCAGCUGUGCUUCUCUGGCCUCGGCUCUGAAGUCCAACCCCCAUCUGACAGAGCUGGACCUGAGUGUGAACCGGCUGCUGGAUUCAGGAGUGGAGCUGUUGUCUGCUGGACUGGAGAGUCCAAACUGCAGACUGGAGACUCUCAGAUUGAGUGGCUGCAUGUUGUCAGAGAGGUGCUGUGCUUCUCUGGCCUCGGCUCUGAGGUCCAACCCCCAUCUGACAGAGCUGGACCUGAGUGAGAACGAGCUGCAGGAUUCAGGAGUGAAGCUGCUGUCUGCUGGACUGGAGAGUCCAAACUGCAGACUGAAGACUCUCAGAUUGAGGAGGUGCAGGUUGUCAGAGAGGUGCUGUGCUUCUCUGGCCUCGGCUCUGAAGUCCAACCCCCAUCUGACAGAGCUGGACCUGAGUGAGAACAGGCUGCAGGAUUCAGGAGUGGAGCUGCUGUCUGCUGGACUGGAGAGUCCAAACUGCAGACUGAAGACUCUCAGAUUGAGGCACUGCAGGUUGAGAGAGAGCAGCUGUGCUUCUCUGGCCUCGGCUCUGAAGUCCAACCCCCAUCUGACAGAGCUGGACCUGAGUAAGAACUGGCUGCAGGAUUCAGGAGUGGAGCUGCUGUCUGCUGGACUGGAGAGUCCAAACUGCAGACUGAAGACUCUCAGACUGAGGUGCUGCAGGUUAACAGAGAGCUGCUGUGCUUCUCUGGCCUCGGCUCUGAAAUCCAACCCCCAUCUGACAGAGCUGGAUCUGAGUUGGAACAAGCUGCAGGAUUCAGGAGUGAAGCUGCUGUCUGCUCUGGUGGAGAGUCCACACUGCAGCCUGAAGUCCGGCUUCACCAAGUACCCAUGCUUUCUGUGUAUGUGGGAUAGUAGGGACACUGCUCAGCAUUACACAAAGAAGGACUGGCCGGUGCGGCAGGAACUGGUGCCUUGCAGAGCAAAGAAUGUCAUCAACAUUCCUCUGGUAGACAGAGACAAGAUUCUCUUCCCACCACUGCACAUAAAGCUCGGCUUGAUCAAACGGUUCACCAAAGCUCUAGAUAAGGAUGGUAGCUGCUUCGCCUACUUGUGCCGUGCUUUUCCAGGAUUAACCACAGAGAAGUUGAAAGCUGGCAUCUUUGAUGGUCCUCAGAUCCGUCAGUUCAUCAGAGAUCCUCAGUUUGAAAACUCAAUGAACAAAGUGGAACUGGAAGCAUGGAAGGCUUUUGUUCUGGUCGUGAAGAACCUUCUUGGCAACAACAAGGCCAGGAACUAUGCAGACCUUGUCACCAAUAUGCUGACUGCUUUCAGAAACCUUGGAUGCAACAUGAGCAUCAAAAUGCAUUACUUAUUCUCACAUAUGGAUCGGUUUCCUGAGAAUCUGGGAUCAAUGAGUGAUGAGCAGGGAGAGAGAUUCCAUCAGGACAUAAAAGAGAUGGAGGCCAGGUAUCAGGGACGCUGGGAUGCAGUCAUGAUGGCUGAUUACUGCUGGACUCUGAAGAGAGACAUCCCUGCUGCUGAGCAUUCGAGGGGUUCGAAGAAACAAAAGUUCAUGCCCUGA